AUUAUUAAUGCUCAAAUUGGCACUGAAAAUAUAAAUUCAUUAUAAGCUUUAUGUCAAGUUACUAUGGGCAUUUUGUUUUCUAGCACUAGCCAUACAAAGAUCAAAAGAACCCCUGGUGAUAAACUUGUCAUCAGAACAAUUUUGCUACCUCUAAAAAGGGAUAGGCUCCCAACCCCCUCCUUAGCACAGCUCUAAAAAAGUCACAUUACUACAGGCCAGCCUUUUUAUAGAACUUACUGACUGCACUCUAACUCUGUCUAGCCACAGCUAGGAACAGACAUACUGUAGAUCUGGAGAAGAAUGGCAGACGUUACCAUCACACACUGGGUAAGAAGCCCUGUCCGUUAUCAAGCCCAGCUCGAGGGAAGAGACUUGGAGGAAUGCAAAGAGGAGCACUGGCUCUUCGCGCUGCCUGGGCCUUCUUUUGAGGGGGCGACAACUGAAAAAGGAGCCACUGUGGAGAGUCUUUGCACCACACAAACAAGAGAGUCUGGUUUCCAGGUGCUGUUAGACGUGGCUCAAUUCCGCCCUGAGGAUAUUCUCAUUCAGGUUUACGAGGGCUGGCUCCUGGUCAAAGGCCAGCAUGGCCCCAGGAUGGACGAGCAUGGAUUCAUCUCCAGGAGCUUCACCCGGCAGUACAGGCUGCCAGACAGACUCCAAGUGGGAGACCUGAGAGCUAUGCUGUGUCAUGAUGGAAUUCUGGUGGUGGAAGAAAAAGGCCGUGGCCUCUGAACUAAUUAAAGAGCGUCAUUAAUUGUUUCAAGCACAAGGCUUCCUUUGAAGAUUUGGCAACACCUCAUAAAUGUAUUGAGGUCCAGGCUAUAAACAGGAAAGCAGGAAACAUUGUUUGUUUUUUUGAGUGUUUGCCUUUUUAGGGCCUUCAGUGAUUUUUGGAGAAACAUUUUUUUAAAAGAAACAACACAGUAAAAUGUAUUUCUAAUAAUAUUGUGAUAUUUAAAAGAGAUUAGUUGAGAUGUUACUGUACUCUGCCCUCUAUGUAUUCUGUAAUACUGUAAAACUAUUUAGGUAAACUUAGAAGAAGGCAUGUUAAUUCACGACAUAAAGUAAAUGAAAAUACAACAGAAGUAAACACUA